CACGCUCGGGUUGGGCAUUUAAACUUUAAAGGUCCGCAGCUGUCCGCCCGGAGCACACUUUCUCCAGUCGGACAAACUGGGGACCGGAGGAAGCCGCUUCAGUUCUCUCCCACCCCGCUCGCCGCCACCAUGGGGGCUUUCAUCGCCAAGAUGCUCCUGCCCACCGUCAGCAGCGUGGUCUUCCUGCCCGUCGCCAGCGUGGCCGCCAAGCGAGGCUUCCACAUGGAGGCCAUGGUCUACUUCUUCACCAUGUUCUUCACCGCCAUCUACCACGCCUGCGACGGACCCGGCCUCUCCAUCCUGUGCUUCAUGAGGUACGACAUCUUGGAGUAUUUCAGUGUCUACGCCACGGCUCUCUCCAUGUGGGUCACUCUGAUCGCUCUUGCCGACUUCGACGAGCCGCAGCGUUCCACCAUGACCAUGUUCGGAGUCCUCACCACCGCCGUCAGGAUCUACCAAGACCGUUGGGGCUACGGGAUCUACUCAGGCCCGAUCGGAUCUGCCGUCUUCAUCAUAACCGUCAAAUGGCUGCAGAAGAUGAAGGAGUUGAAGGCGGUCUAUCCCGACAAGAGGGUCUACACGCAGCAGGUCGGUCCCGGGUGCUGUUUCGGCGCCCUGGCCCUCAUGCUACGGUUCUACUUUGAGGAGUGGGACUACGCCUACGUGCACAGCUUCUACCACCUGUCCCUGGCCGUGUCUUUCGUCCUGCUGCUGCCCAAGAAGAACCGCUACGCCGGGACGGGACGGAAUGCCGUCAAGCUCAGCUGCUGGACCCUCUGCUGCUGCAGCGUGUCCCCCGGCUCGGCCAAAGACAAGACCAACAAGGCGGCGAAGAAGUCGACCCGUUCCUUCCUGGGCAAGACGAAAGACCGCGACUCCCCCGUUCUGCCCCUGUUCUCCCCACCGCCCGAAUCGCCCGUCAAAGGCACCAGCAUCAGCAAGCUGAAGGAGAUGAACGGCUGGAAGUGACAGGAACAGGAAGUGACACGGGAGCGGCUGCUAACUUCAUUUGGUUUUUUCAGCUGCUAGAACAUUUAAGGUCAGCCCGACCGGCAGGUGAAGGAGACCACGGGCAGAACCCGUCAAUGGCGGCUGGGAACAGCUGGGCGCCAAAAUGUAUAAAUUGUCUGAAAUGUUCCUCCGUCUGUCUGUCGGCGCUCGCACCUCCGGACUUCCUCCUGAGGGGAGGAACCGGUCUCUGCCAAGACUGCAGACACCAGACUGAAAGCGCCUGAUGAGUUCUGGAGGGCGACCCACUCGUCUGCCUGGAUAUCCACCGCCAGGAUGUUUGUUUUUUUUGUACCAGCGCGUCAUUCGUCAAGUCAAACGUCAAAGAUUUUAUUUACGGAGCGCUUGGAAUAUUUUACAGAACCAGAACCCCCUGAGGGGGUUUCGGCCUCGCUAAUCCAAACCUGCCGCGUGCACGUCACCUGCCCCGAACACGACACUAAGGCUACAAACGUGCGCUGCGUGCUCGCCUCAGACAAAAAACAGUCGACGGCCAAAACGUGAACGAGGAAUGUUUUGAGCCGGGGCCAAGCCGCCGGCUCUCGUGCACGGAGACCGGUGUUAUUGUCUGGGGCCGGGCCGGGCCUCGCCGGCUGGCUGGCUGGGCCGCCGCUUCUGACAGGACCGUAACUCGAGCCUUUUAUUGCGCAAGUGUCAAACACUGCUCGACUCCUAGACGAACAUCCUGGAGGGCCUUAGGCCACACACACACAUCAGGAAUUUCCCCGUGGGGACCAAUACACACCAAUACUGACCACUUGUCAUACACACAAAAUCACGAAAACUGACCAUUUUUAAAAAAUAAAAAAAAUUCAUAGGACCUAAUAGAAGGCCUUUUUUUUAUUGAUUCCUAUGCUUUCAAUGCUUUUGGACCACAUGGCAUGAGUGAAAUGUCCGUUUUUUUGUCCCAUGGGGCUAGAAGUACAAACACACAAACACUUAUACAUCACAUAAAUGCACUCCAAAUAAAACUGCUAAAUUAUUUUCCGUAAAAUUUUUGUUGCUUUCUACAGUUCAUUGCUCUAAAUUAAAAAAAACGUUCCAUUAUUUUUAUAGCACAACUCUGACGACUGAGCUACAACACUCCAAAAAAAUAUGUCUGACCACUUGUCAUACACACUAAAUCACGAAAACUGACCUCAAGGCGACUAUUUUUUCGAAAUGAAAAAAAUGCAUAGGACCCAAUAGAAGGCCUUUUUUAAUUGAUUCCAAUGCUUUAAAUGCUUUUGGACCACAUGGCAUGAGUGAAAUGUCCUUUUUUGGUCCCACGGGGCUAGAAAUACAAACAUACACACACUUAUACAUGAAAUAAAUGCACUCUAAGAAAAACUGCUAAUUAUUUUCUGUAAAAUUUUUGUUCCUUUUUACAGUUCAUUGCUGUAAAUUAAAAAAAAUAUUCCAUUGUUAUAUUUAUAGUACAACUCUGACGACUUAGCUACAACACUCCAAAAAAAUAUGUCUGACCACUUGUCAUACACACGAAAUCACGAAAACUGACCUCAUGGGGACCAUUUUUUAAAGAUGAAAAAAAUUCAUAGGACCUAAUUGAAGGCCUUUUUUUUAUUGAUUCCAAUGCUUUCAAUGCUUUUGGACCACAUGGCAUAAGUGAAAUGUCCAUUUUUUUUCCCACCGGGCUAGAUAUACAAACACACACACACUUACACAUCACUUAAAUGCACUCUAAGAAAAAAUGCUAAUUAUUUUCCGUAAAAGUUUUGUUGCUUUCUACAGUUCAUUGCUCUAAAUUAAAAAAAACGUUCCAUUAUUUUUAUAGCACAACUCUGACGACUGAGCUACAACACUCCAAAAAAAUAUGUCUGACCACUUGUCAUACACACGAAAUCACGAAAACUGACCUCAUGGGGACCAUUUUUUAAAAAUGAAAAAAAUUCAUAGGACCUAAUGGAAGGCCUUUUUUUAUUGAUUCCAAUGCUUUCAAUGCUUUUGGACCACAUGGCAUGAGUGAAAUGUCAGUUUUUUUGUCCCACGGGGCUAGAAAUACAAACACACACACACUUAUACAUCACAUAAAUGCAUUCUAAAGAAAACUGCUAAUUAUUUUCCGUAAAAUUUUUGUUGCUUUCUACAGUUCAUUGCUGUAAAUAAAAAAAACAAACGUUCCAUUCUUUUUAUAGUACAACUCUGACGACUUAGCUACAACACUCCAAAAAAAUAUGUCUGACCACUUGUCAUACACACGAAAUCACGAAAACUGACCUCAUGGGGACCAUUUUUUAACGAUGAAAAAAAUUCAUAGGACCUAAUUGAAGGCCUUUUUUUUAUUGAUUCCAAUGCUUUCAAUGCUUUUGGACCACAUGGCAUGAGUGAAAUGUCCUUUUUUAGUCCCACGGGGCUAGAAAUACAAACACACACACCUAUACAUCACAUACUGCAAAUGCACUCCAAGAAAAACUGCUAAUUAUUUUCCGUAAAAUUUUUGUUGCUUUCUACAGUUCAUUGCUGUAAAUUAAAAAAAAGGUUCCAUUAUUUUUAUAGUACAACUCAGACGACUGAGCUACAACACUCCAAAAAAAUAUGUCUGACCACUUGUCAUACACACGAAAUCACGAAAACUGACCUCAUGGGGACCAUUUUUUAAAAAUGAAAACAAUUCAUAGGACCUAAUAGAAGGCCUUUUUUAAUUGAUUCCAAUGCUUUCAACGCUUUUUGGACCACAUGGCAUGAGUGAAAUGUCCUUUUUUAGUCCCACGGGGCUAGAAAUACAAACACACACACACUUAUACAUCACAUAAAUGCAUUCUAAAGAAAACUGCUAAUUAUUUUCCGUAAAAUUUUUGUUGCUUUCUACAGUUCAUUGCUGUAAAUAAAAAAAAAAAACGUUCCAUUCUUUUUAUAGUACAACUCUGACGACUUAGCUACAACACUCCAAAAAAAUAUGUCUGACCACUUGUCAUACACACGAAAUCACGAAAACUGACCUCAAGGGGACUAUUUUUUAGAAAUGAAAAAAAUGCAUAGGACCUAAUAGAAAGCCUUUUUUUUUAUUGAUUCCAAUGCUUUCAAUGCUUUUGGACCACAUGGCAUGAGUGAAAUGUCCGUUUUUUUGUCCCACGGGGCUAGAAAUACAAACACACACACACUUAUACAUCACAUAAAUGCAUUCUAAAGAAAACUGCUAAUUAUUUUCCGUAAAAUUUUUGUUGCUUUCUACAGUUCAUUGCUGUAAAUUAAAAAAAACGCUCCAUUAUUUUUAUAGUACAACUCUGACGACUGAGCUACAACACUCCAAAAAAUAUGUCUGACCACUUGUCAUACACACUAAAUCACGAAAACUGACCUCAAGGCGACUAUUUUUUAGAAAUGAAAAAAAUGCAUAGGACCCAAUAGAAGGCCUUUUUUAAUUGAUUCCAAUGCUUUAAAUGCUUUUGGACCACAUGGCAUGAGUGAAAUGUCCUUUUUUGGCCCCACGGGGCUAGAAAUACAAACAUACACACACUUAUACAUGAAAUAAAUGCACUCUAAGAAAAACUGCUAAUUAUUUUCUGUAAAAUUUUUGUUCCUUUUUACAGUUCAUUGCUGUAAAUUAAAAAAAAUAUUCCAUUGUUAUAUUUAUAGUACAACUCUGACGACUUAGCUACAACACUCCAAAAAAAUAUGUCUGACCACUUGUCAUACACACGAAAUCACGAAAACUGACCUCCAGGGGACUAUUUUUUAGAAAUGAAAAAAAUGCAUAGGACCUAAUGGAAAGCCUUUUUUUUAAUUGAUUCCAAUGCUUUCAAUGCUUUUGGACCACAUGGCAUGAGUGAAAUGUCUUUUUUAGUCCCACGGGGCUAGAAAUACAAACACACACACACUUAUACAUCACAUAAAUGCACUCUAUAAAAAACUGCAAAUUAUUUUCCGUAAAAUUUUUGUUGCUUUCUACAGUUAAUUGCUGUAAAUUUAAAAAAAAAAAACGUUCCAUUCUUUUUAUAGUACAACUCUGACGACUUAGCUGCAACACUCCAAAAAAAUAUGUCUGACCACUUGUCAUACACACGAAAUCAUGAAAACUGACCUCAUGGGGACUAUAUUUUAAAAAUGAAAAAAAUUCAUAGGACCUAAUUGAAGGCCUUUUUUUUUUAUUGAUUCCAAUGCUUUCAAUGCUUUUGGACCACAUGGCAUGAGUGAAAUGUCUUUUUUAGUCCCACGGGGCUAGAAAUACAAACACACACACACUUAUACAUCACAUAAAUGCACUCUAUAAAAAACUGCAAAUUAUUUUCCGUAAAAUUUUUGUUGCUUUCUACAGUUGAUUGCUGUAAAUUAAAAAAAAAAAACGUUCCAUUCUUUUUAUAGUACAACUCUGACGACUUAGCUACAACACUCCAAAAAAAUAUGUCUGACCACUUGUCAUACACACGAAAUCAUGAAAACUGACCUCAUGGGGACUAUAUUUUAAAAAUGAAAAAAAUUCAUAGGACCUAAUAAAAGGCCUUUUUUUUUUAUUGAUUCCAACGCUUUGGACCACCCCACGAGUCAAGCUGGACCCCGUGGCGUGAGUGAAAUGUCUGAUUUUUGGUCCCACGAGGCUAGAAAUGACAGUUAUCAUUAUUGAAACACCAAAAUAUGACACUUAGGUGUAUACCUGCUAAAUUAUUUAAAAAAGGCUAGCAUGCCAAUAUUAGUAUGUUUACAACUAUCAUUAUUGAAAUACCAAAAUAUAUGACAGUGAGGUGUAUACCUGCUAUAUUAGCUAAAACGCUAGCAUGCUAAAAUGCUAAGUGUAACAUGCAUCAAGUAAACACAGUAAAAAAAAAGUCAAUAUAUUUUACGGUAAAAAAAACUAGCAGCUCAAAUCCAUAAAAUGUUUUUUUACAUGUUUUUCUAUAUUAACUAAAGAGCUAACAUGCUGAUGUUAGUAUGCUAAAAUGCUAACUGUAACAUGUAUCAAGAAACCGGUGAAAAAAGUCAAUAGAUUUUACAGUAAAAGCAAAACAUAAAACAUUUUUUACAGUGCCGUAUUUCACCGUAAAAUCUAAGGUUGUUGUUUUCAAAGUGAGCCACUGUGAAAUACUGACUUUUUUUUUACAGUAUGGGCUCAUUCCCAUUAGCAUUCUCAUUGUUAUCAGAGUUAACAUGUACUAUUGACACUUCUUUUUACACUUGUAUGCCAUUUCAAUUGUUAUUAAAACAUUUCUUGUACACCGGAUAAAGCUUUCAUACUCGCUAGAGUUUGACCCCAAAACAGAUGAUUUCUAUUAUUUCCUAGAAAUAUGUGACAAAGAACUUUCUCCAAGUGUGGUAUGCUCGCUAUGUUUACUUUGGACUUUCUCUGCGUGGACAACAGCCGUGCCAGCAACUGCUAGCACAGCUGCUUGGUGCCGCUGGUGUGGUUCUGAGGUCCUCUUCUAAUCCGUUUAGCGUGUAGUCCUGGGGUGUGCUACUUGGGCCAAAAAAAAAAAAAACCCCAACACAUUUGGGUGAUGAUAAUAAGCUGUGUACAUUUUUAAUG